CCGGCUGCUGCCGCCGAGCGCUGCAGUUCCGCUUCCGCUGUGCGCGGGGAGGAGGUGCGCGGAGGGCACGGCGGGAUGAGCUGGGCGCUGGGCCGCUGGCGGGCGCGGUGCCUGCGCUUGCCCGGCACCCGGAUGUGUCUGGCGCGGCGGCGGGGCCCCGAGGGAGCGGCGGGCGCGGAGCCGGAGGACGGGGCGCCCAUCCUCUUUUCCACCAGCAAGGCCAGCCCGCGGGUGUGGAGUGUCAGCCAGUCCAUGGGGAGCGACCACGAGAGGCCGUGGGCGAAAGUGCUGCCGGUCAGCCUCCUGUGCACGGGGCUCCUGCUCUGGUGUGUGUUCAGGGAACCAACGGAGAUCGAUGAGCGACUGGAAGCAAUUUUCUCUGGUCAGAUGAUGGACUCUUCAGAUGUGGCGCACAGAAGCAACGCUCCCUUGCAACUGCAGGAGGAGAAAUGACGAGGACGGGAAUGCGGGUGCAGUGAAGGAGCUGCCAGAGGUUUGCUGGCAUUCACCUACUUAAAAGCUGUACUAGCAAUGUAAUGGGAGAACUUGUUUUUGCAGGCUUGCCUUUAUAAGCUUGAUUCCUUAAUGUGUCGUGCUGCUUUCAGUGCUGGUUUUAGUAAUCUAAGCUGGUAGCACAAAGAAUGGAUUCUUCCUGUGCUGCACCGUAGAGGUGGACAGGAUGUAUUGCAAAUCAACUUGCAUUUGAAGAUACAUUUUAUACAACCCAUCUCUUUUUCAUGGGUCAUUUUUCUUACAUGCACAGUAUAUUAGAAUAUCAAAGCUGUAAGUCUGUAAAAUU